AUGGCAUCAACAAUGGAAGCAGCUGAUCUUGUCGUCGUAGCCAUGUACUUUGUACUUGUUCUCUGCUUUGGCUUCUAUGCGAUGUGGAGAUCAAACCGAGGUACUGUGAGUGGAUACUUUCUGGCUGGUCGUUCCAUGAACUGGAUGGUCAUUGGUGCAUCUCUUUUUGUCAGUAACAUUGGCAGCGAGCACUUCAUCGGCCUCGCUGGCUCUGGCGCUGCAAGCGGUCUCGCUGUAAGUGCCUGGGAAUUCAAUGCAAUCCUGCUAUUGCAGCUCCUAGGUUGGGUCUUCAUACCUGUGUAUAUCUACUCAGGUGUGUACACCAUGCCAGAAUACCUCUCCAAAAGAUUCGGUGGUAAGCGGUUGAAAGUGUUCUUUGCGACCCUCACUCUGCUCCUCUAUAUUUUCACCAAGCUCUCCGUGGAUCUCUAUUCCGGUGCGCUCUUCAUCCAGGAGUCUCUGGGCUGGAACCUCUAUGUGUCAAUAAUCUUGCUAAUAACCAUGACGGCCAUUCUCACGGUCACAGGCGGCCUGGUUGCCGUCAUCUACACGGACACUCUCCAGGCAUUUCUCAUGGUUUCAGGAGCUGUGUGCCUCAUGGCAAUCAGCUUGUUUAAGGUUGGAGGUUUUGAAGGGUUGCGCACCAAGUACAUGGACGCCGUCCCCAAUGUCACAGCGAUUAUCCUAAAGAGGAACAUCACCUUCUCGGAGUCCUGCCUUGUGCAUCCCAAACCAGACUCGUUCAAGAUCCUGAGAGGUCCAUUGGAUGAAGACCUACCCUGGCCUGCUUUCCUUUUGGGCCAGACUUCUGCCUCUAUCUGGUACUGGUGUGCCGAUCAAGUCAUAGUCCAGAGAGUCUUGGCGGCCCGAAAUGUUGCCCAUGCCAAAGGGUCGACUCUGAUGGCUGGCGUCUUAAAAGUCCUACCAAUGUUUAUCAUUGUGAUUCCAGGCAUGAUUUCACGUGUGCUAUUUGCAGAUGAGCUUGCUUGCAUCAGUCCAGAGCAUUGCAUGCAAGUGUGCAACAGCAAAGCUGGCUGCACCAAUACAGCCUAUCCUCGCCUCGUCAUGAGCGUAAUGCCCGUUGGACUCCGAGGUUUGAUGAUGGCUGUGAUGCUCGCAGCUCUCAUGAGCGACCUGGACUCAGUCUUCAACAGCGCCAGCACUAUCUUUACUCUUGAUAUCUACAAGAUGGUGCGCCAACAGGCUUCCUCCAAAGAGCUCAUGGUGGUGGGACGCUUGUUUGUGAUCUUCAUAGUGGCCUUUAGCAUAGCCUGGGUGCCUUUCAUCAUUAUGAUGCAAGGUGGUCAGAUGUUCCUAUACAUUCAGGAAGUGUCCGAUUACCUUACCCCUCCCAUAGCUGCACUCUUUUUGUUGGGCGUACUCUGGAAACGUUGCAACGAGACUGGCGCAUUCUGGGGGAGCAUUGUGGGCUUCUUUUUAGGCGCUAUAAGACUGAUCCUUGCCUUUGUUUAUAGAAAGCCUGAUUGUGAUAAAAACGAUGACCGACCUGUGUUCAUCAAGGAUAUUCAUUUCAUGUAUGUAUCGGCUGUAUUGUUCUGGAUUUCAGGGCUGGUGGCAGUGGUGGUUAGCCUUUGCACCGAUCCACCAAGCCAGGAGCAGAUUGCUAGGACUACUUUGUGGGGACUCCACAACAGAACCAAAGAUGCUUCAAGUCUUCAAACAAGAGAGAAGGGAAAACGGCUUCCAAUGGAAACAGAGAAAGAGAAGACAUUGGAUGGAGUCGAGACAAGACUGCUGUCUCGGGCUGUUGAAACUGGUCCUGAAAUUCUUACAAAUGGCCACUUGGAGUCUCCGGACAUCUUUAAAAACUCGAGCACAGAGGACAGGAAUGUAGGUAGACAAAAGGGGCAAUGUGUGAAAUGUUUUGACUGGUUUUGUGGCUGUAAUACAAAUCCCGAGAAAGCAGAGCAGCCGUUUGGAGAAGAGGACAAGCGCAGUGUUACUGAGAUGCUCCAGGAGCCUCCUAAAACCAGAAUGAUUCUCAACCUCGGUCUUCUGUUAGUGUGUGCACUCGGAAUUUUUUUGUUUGUAUACUUUUCUUUGUAA